AUGAUAUUUCCAAGUCUAGCCUUCCUUGACCAAGUCAGCCUUCCGACUAAGUCAGCUGUCCUCGACCAAGUGGAUUUCACAAACUUCAGUCAAACACAAAAGCCAGGUUCCAGAGAAGUAUGCUCAGGGUUCGUCACUUCCCAGCUCACACUCACAUGGAAACAUCCGGUAAACCAAUUAAAUAUCUCUAAAUACACAGUGCAUGAUUGGAGAUAUCUCGAGGUCUUAUCGAAAUUGAAAGAAACGGCCGAAGCGUAUUUGGGCACCGCGGUGAAUAGAGUGCUCAUUACAGUUCCGGCUUACUUUAACGAUUCUCAGCGACAAGCGACUAAACACGCUGGAACUAUUGCCGGGUUUAAUUUCGAGCGAAUCAUUAACGAGCCGACGGCAGCUGCCGUUGCCUACGGUCUAAAUAAAAAACAGCAGAAGGAAAAAAAAAUAUUAGUAUUCGACUUGGGCGGUGGCACGUUUGACGUAUCGAUGUUGACUUUGGCCGAAGGAGUGAUUGAGGUUAAAGCCACCGCUGGAAACACUCACUUGGGAGGGGAAGACCUCGAUGAUAAGAUGGUUGAACAUUUUGCGAAAGAAAUCAAAAGGAAAUACAAAAAAGACAUAAAGGCCAACAAACGAGCACUGAGAAGCUUAAAAACCGCAUGCCAACAAGCCAGAGAAACUCUGCCGUCGUCCACUCAGACUGAAAUCAUACUAGAGUGUGGCAUCGAUAUGAACUUCACCAUGACUUGUGCUAGAUUCGACGAGAUUUGCAAUAGUCUCUUUCAAAGCACUAUCGAUCUCGUAGGAAAGGCCUUAGAAGAUGCCAGGAUGGACAAGAGUUCCGUAAGCGACAUCGUGUUGGUCGGGGGAUCUACCCGCAUACCUAAGAUGCAAAAACUCCUGUGGGACUAUCUCGAAAAGGACCUGAGCAAACCUAUCAACCCGGACGAGGCCGUCGCUUACGGAGCCGCUGUACAAGCAGCCAUCAUAUCUGGGGACUCGAGUCGAGCUCUUUCCGAAAUGCUCCUUAUCGACGUGACUCCUCUGUCGUUAGGUAUAGAGACGCACGGUGGAGAGAUGUCAACAUUGAUCGAGAGAAACACGAGCAUUCCUGCAAGCAGGAAUAACACCUUCACGACUUACACGGACAAUCAAGAAAGCGUGGAGAUCAAGGUGUUCGAGGGAGAACGUCCGUACACCGGAGAUAAUAACCUGCUAGGCACUUUCGUGUUGAAUGGGAUACCCAAAGCUCCGAGGGGUACGCCUCAGAUCAAGGUAACCUUUGACGUUGACGUUAAUGGAAUUCUCGAUGUAAAGGCGGUCGAAAAGAGCAUCACCCGCAUAUCUAAAGAAGAGAUAGAGCGAAUGAUUCAGGAAGCUGAAAGGAACAAAGAGAACGAUAAGAAAGUAAAAGAGGCUAUUGAAGAAAAGAAUAGAUUGGAACAAGCCUGUUACCGGAUGAAGGACCUUCUAUCAAUGACCACAUCGGCUAAUCAAGAGGAUUAUGAGAAGCAGAUAGACGAGAUGCUGAAAUGGAUUGUUGAUACAGAUAAUUCGGGAAUUCCGAAAGAGGCAUAUGUAAAAAAGAGCCAAGAACUAGAAAGGUUACAGAUUUGCGGCAGCGUGAACUACCGUCCGGGACAGGUUGCCGUUAGUAAACAGAACUGCGAUUCAGAUGGGCACAAACAGUUUGAAGAUUAA